UCACCAAAACCAUCUCCUAUUCCCACACCUUCAACUCAUUCAUCUUCUCCACUUGACCCAAAACAACUCAAAGCUCUUCAAUCUCUCAAUAUUCCAACAGGUAAAAACCCAUGUACUCACAACUCAACUAUUGUAUGUGAUUUUUCAACCCCAUUUCGUCACAUUGUUUCACUUUCACUUUCCAACUGUUCAGAUGAUGUUGCUUUAUCUCUUACUGCUCUUAAAUCUUUGUCUACACUUACCAAUUUACAGUUUAUUAACUGUCCCAUUUCACCUAUUCAUUUCCCUUCUCAGCUCACUUUAAAUCUUAAGUCAUUUACUUGUAUUAAUAGCCUCAAGAAACUUACUGGGGUUUGGUUAAGUCGGUUCAAGAAUGUAAAUGAGUUAACUGUUUCGCGUGUUUCUGUUACUGCUAGUGGUCCUGCUAUAAUUUUGGAUGGAAUUGAGCACUUGCUUUCUGUUACUAUUUCACAUGCUAAUUUAUCUGGGGUUUUGCCUAAACAUUGGCACCCGAAUCUUAGUUAUGUAGAUUUGUCUGGGAAUAAGUUAAAAGGGAAAAUUCCCAGCUCGUUAACCGAGUUGGAGAAUCUUGUUUUCUUGAAUCUGUCAUCAAAUUCGCUUAAUGAGACAAUUCCAACUUCAUUUGGUGACUUGUCUUCUUUGCAAAAUGUAUCAUUGGCUUCGAAUUCGUUGUCUGGAUCUAUUCCUGAUUCAAUUGCUGCUAUCCCGGGUUUAGUUCAUCUUGAUCUAGGGUCUAAUCAGCUCAAUGGGACUAUUCCGAAAUUCAUUUCAGAUAUGAAAAAAUUGAAAUACUUGAAUCUUGAGAAGAAUAACUUUCAUGGGGUUUUGCCUUUUAAUGCGUCGUUUAUAAAGAAAUUGGUUGUGUUGAAAGUGGGUGAAAAUUCUAAUCUUUGUUACAAUCACUCGAAGUUGUCUAAGAAAGUGAAACUUGGCAUUGCGCCUUGUGAUAAACAUGGGUUGCCUUUAUCGCCUCCGGCUUCAAAGGACAUAAGUUCGGAUGAUGAUGAGGACGACUCUGAUUAUGCUGACGAUGAAAGGCCACACCAACAACAUAGUCAUGGACCAAGUAAGGUCUCCGGUGGAUAGUCGAGGUUCUUUCCCGAUGAAGGUGUGUCGGUUGACACCCUUUAAAUAUAUGUGGCUUCGCUACCGGUAGUAGAUCUCCGAUGGAUAGUCGAGGUUCACACAAGCAGCCUUGGACACCAUCUUUAUGAAAAAAGAACAAAAGAAGAUCUAUAUACCCUUCUUAUGUGGUGGUGAUUGAAUAUAUUAUAAUGCAGCCAUUGGAGUAAAAGGAUGGCUUGGAUUCACUUGUUAAUUGUUCUUGUCAGACAGUUUGAUUUCAUACCAUCAUCAUUUGUUUUCUUUUCUUUUUUCAAAAUCAUCAUUUCUACCAUAUGGUGAGAUUUAUACUUGAUCUGUAAGAAUUACUUUAUGUCUUCCUUUUUUGUUUCCCCUCCAUGUGCCCACACAUUAGAAAUAUUGUGUAUACUUGAUGGCCUGGAACUUUAAGAUAAGACCAUGCCAGGUUGGUGACAAAUCUUGGCUUUUAUGUGUA